AUGCGAAUCAUCACUUACCAAGCGGAGGCUUCUUCUUCAUUCUAUUGCUCUGUGUGCGCUCAUGAUGGAAUUGAAACUCCUUCCGAAGUUUAUUGCGAAACGUGCGAGAAAUAUUUUUGUGUGGUGGAUGCGAAAAGACAUUUGAAACAACAACAACAACAACAUGAAAUGAAAUUAUUGGAAAGAAGCCAAUAUGGAAUUCAACAAACGGAGGUAACAUCUUUGAAUUCCUUACCUUAUCAAUUUUGUCCAUUGCAUCAAUGUCCAAUUAAUACAUUUUGUCAGACAUGUCGACAAAUUCUAUGCUCAGCUUGUGCUGUCAGUUCUCAACACAAAUCACAUGAAUGCUUCUUAUUCUCCGAUAUUGACCAAGAAAUGAGAGAAUUAUUGAGGAGAGAGCUUUCAGGGUUGCAAGAAAAGAAGCAAAAAUGGGAGAAAGAAUGUCAUACGGACGAUGCAAGUUUGGAUCAAGAAAUUGAAAAUAUUGAAAAACAGAAAAAACUUCUCAAAAUGGAAUUGAAUCAACUCUUUGACGAGAUACACCAUUCCCUACAAGAGAGACAUGAAAUAUUGAAUAAUCAAGUGGACAUGUUGUGUUGUGAGCGAAUGGAUAUCAUUUCUAAAAUCAAAGAAUUGAAACAGAAAACCGAGAAAUCCAUAACAGAAUUCAUUAACUUGGAUGAAAUGGCCACAUUUGACUUGAUGCACAAAGCAACUAAUUCUCUUGACAUUGUGGUGAAAGAUUUCAACAAAAUGACAGAGGAAUUUCAUUUUGAACAAGUGCAUGACAUGAAAAUUUUGGAUUCUAAACUAGAAAUAACUGAAUUGAAAAAGAUUAUUCAAAAUUUUGGAAGAAUUGAGUCGUCACAUUCUGAGAAUUCCACAGCAGCAUGUCUUUACGAUCCUGAAAUCAUGAACAUUUCAAUACAAUCUGGCAACAAGUUUGAAAUGGUCAAACAAAGUUCGAAUAUUGAAAAUCAUUUUAUAUUUGUCAAUACUGCAAUACGAAGUGGAAGUAUACACCAAUGGAAAGUUAAAAUUAACGAUCACUUAGGUUGGAUUGGUGUUGGAGUUUCCAGAGAUGAAAUUGUCAAGUCUCAAAAAUUCUCAGCAUUUGAAACGCCCUACAACACUCAUAGAUCUUAUUUCAUGAGUAGCAACGCAUUUACUUGGAGUAUUGAAUCGAAAGAAAAUCAAAAGCAACACGGAUUUGAAUUCUCGAAAGGAGAUGUACUUGAAAUGAUUAUGAAUGGUAACACUCGGCAGCUGACCGUUCAAAAGAUGGGCUCAAAUCAAAGCUAUACAUUUCGCAACAUCAUUCUUCCAGUCUAUCCGCUCGUUGCACUCUACGCACAAGACGACUCAGUAACGUUUUAUGAUUGGAAGAGAAUAUAA